AUGGCUACUACUGAAGCGCAAGUGUUAUUGAAACUUGUAGUGAACAAAGACACCAACAAAGUGUUAUUUGCCGAAGCUAAGAAAGACUUGGUAGAUAUCUUAUGUAGCUUCUUAACCCUACCUUUAGGAACCAUCAUCAGACUUGUGGAAUACGAGUCCAACAAGGGUCCAGUAACAAUAGGUUCUCUCAAUUCACUCUAUCAUAGUGUGGCAGCUCUUGACGACAGGAAUCUGUGGAGACAGGGAUAUAAUAAGGAAAUGCUAUUGCGUCCCAGGAACACGGCCGCAGAUUUUUGCAAUACUCUUAAGGUUAACAUUGAUGACACUCCCCCCAGACAAACAUUUGUCUCUCCUGGCUCUUUCUCGGAAUCUUCACAGAAUGGAUUUGUCCACGAUGUUGCCAUUUUUGUCAUCACUGAUGAUCUCAUUCUAAUGCCAAAACCUGUGGACUAUCCAAGAUUGGCUAUACUACGCGAUUUGGGAAUCAAAGGUCCGUUUUCAUUGAAGGAAAUUACAGUGGAUGUCACCAAGAAAAAGGUACUGGAUUUGUUGAAGUGUUCUCUCCUUUCCAAAUCAUGUUUGACAGAUCUGCUUUUAGAAAACAAAACACUCAUUCAGAGGCCAACGUUUUUCUCAGGUAGUGUUGAGAAUAAUAGCGAGAUCACAUUCCCAUUGAAGCUAUUUAUAAGAAAAUCGGAUGGCAAAGUUUUGUAUGGUCUUGGGCCCAAAGAAAUCGCAGACAUGCUUUUUAGUUUUCUGACCUUUCCUUUGGGAGGAAUUGUGCGUAAGUUGGGAGGAAAUAGCUGUGUGGGCAGCAUCGAUGGAUUAUACAAAAGCAUUGUUGAUAUGAAUGAUGAGUUAUAUUUCAUGUCAAGAUUAACAAAAAACAGGCUUGUUGAUCCUUACUUGCUCCUUUUGAUGCCCCUGAUUCGUUUUGAAUCAUCGACAACUAAUGAAGGUAAUGAGAGGAUGUUUGUUGUUACCGAUGAUUUGGUCGUAACACAAUCAUCUCCCACUUCAGAUUCAAAUUUAAUCUCUGGUUUCGAUACUUGUUCCCUUGAUCUGAAGGAAAAGGUUGUCAGCAUUGGGCUCGUGGAGUGUCUUAAUAUACUGAAAGCAUCGAUGACGUCGACAUCUGCUCUCACAACUGGUCUCGCUCACUUGUUAUCUGAAUUUAUUGGAUGUUCAUCACACGAUGAUGCGUCUCCAUCACACGAUGAUGCGUCUCCAUCACACGAUGCAUGUUUAUUAGACGGUGUGCCUUCAGCAGAAGAAAUCGCCAGUUCAUCUUCAUCAGACGAAUCAGACAGUGCGUGUUCAUCAGACGGAUCAGACAGUGCGAGUUCAUUCGUGUUCAUCUGACGAUAGGUAUUGCUAUUAGAUGUUAUGGUUGUUAUGUGGGUUA